AUGGCCACCGAGCCUAGCAGGCUCAUGGGCCAAAACAUGGGCAAUCAUGUCGAGGAUGAAGACAGCGAAAUGGACGCCGAGCAUGACGAGGAUGUCGACAUGAUCCAGGCUGCGCCCGUCGUGAGCCAGGAGCUCGAAGGCUCGGAUAUGGAUGCUGAAGGCGAAGAAGUUGAUGCCGAAGGCGAGGAGGUUGACGAAGAAGAAGAAGAAGCUACCACCGCACCUGUGGCAGCCGUCGAGAUGCCCGCAUCAGACAUUGUGCGCGAAGAUGACGGCGACGCAGAUGCCGACGCGGACGGGGACGAAGACGCCGCCGUCGAGCCAUCUUCCGAAGACCCCAAGUCUAGCGAAAGCGAAGCAGACUCAGGCAGCGAUUCCGAAUCGGAUGCCGUGAACGAAUGGGAGGGACAGAGCGAUACGGCCGAAGAGGCAGAGGCCGAAAUUGUGGAUCGCAAUUGCUGCGUCUUCUGUGGGGAAGACGAAGAGCACGAUCCAAGCGAGGAAUUCGAAGAGUAUCUGGCCUGCCUAGUGUGCGGCGACAACGCUCAUCGGCAAUGUGCCCGUAACGCUAACUCGCUCAAGACCGACGAUGAUGCCGAAAAUUGGCGCUGCACGUCUUGCGUUGAAAAUGGUCUUCAAGUAGACGACCAAGAGACUCCUCGUCCUCUGUCGAGGCGACGUUCAUCGGCGCAGAAGCUCACAAGAGACCUUCUGCCGCCUACCCGUGGUGCAAACGACCCGGAAGCUCACUCUGUCUUCAACACUCUAAUCCACCCAGAUGAUCCCAUGGAUGGCUCCCGCUCUCUGCGGAAGCGCAAAGCCGAUUCCGAGGAGCAAGCGCUCCCCGUGCGUUCGACCAGGAAGCGACGCCUCUCGUCUCAGCCGGCGACCGCGUCUGAGAAUGAAGAUGACGACUUUGAUGAGGACGGAUCAUCACCAAACGCCAUACACGUCGCAUCAAAACCAGUUGCGGUUGAUACGCAAGCUGCUGACUCUGAUGACGAGGGAUCGCAGGUUGUUCGUUCAUCGCGGCGUACCCGUCCCCGACGGUCCAUCUCCCAGAAAGUUGGUCGGCCUAGCGCCACAAUCCUUACGUCCAAUAGCAGGCAACUUGUCGUCGCUUUUAUGAAUCUCGAUCCUACGAAAUUGUCAGAGGUUCUCAGUUCAACCAUGAAGCAAAAGAAGCGGCGUGCUCGCGAUCGUGCUAGGAGAGCUGAGAAGGUAUCUGUCGCGCAAGCCGAGUCUGAGCCAUCUCACUAUCCCGCCAUACAAACAAAUUUCACGGGCUUUUUUGGCUUUCCGGAUCGCGAAAUGGACGAAUCGAAGCAAAAACCCUAUGGUGGUAUCCUAUCCGAGACUGAAGCUGAUACUAGCAAGACCUUUCCUCAAACCGUGGACAGGAAGCGCUUUGAGACUGCACGGUUAAAAGCAGAAGAUGAUUGGAGGAACAAGAUUGCUGCCGCCAACGUGACUCAAGAGAAUUCUCGCACCCCGAAGGUCUCUGGGCCUCCAAGCAAGAUAAAAUGCAUCAAUUUCGGCGGUUAUGAAAUCGACACCUGGCACGCUGCACCCUAUCCGGAAGAGUACAGUCGGAACAAAGUGCUUUACAUCUGCGAAUUUUGUCUCAAGUACAUGAACUCUGAUUAUGUUGCUUGGAGACACAAGCUCAAAUGUCCUGCUAGACACCCCCCAGGUGACGAAAUCUAUCGCGAUGACAAGUACUCCUUCUUCGAAGUAGACGGACGUAAGAACCCCGUUUACUGCCAGAAUCUUUGCUUGUUGGCAAAAUUAUUCCUAGGAUCCAAGACCCUGUACUACGACGUAGAGCCAUUCCUCUUUUACGUGAUGACCGAGACGGACAGCUAUGGCUGUCAUUUUGUUGGUUAUUUCUCGAAAGAGAAGAGACCUAGCAGCCUGAACAACGUCUCCUGCAUCCUGGUGCUCCCUAUCCACCAACGGAAAGGCUUCGGACAUAUGCUCAUCGAGUUUUCUUAUCUCCUUACCCGGGUCGAAAAGAAGACUGGUUCUCCGGAGAAGCCGCUGUCUGACAUGGGUCUCGUGUCUUACCGCAGCUACUGGCGUUUGAUCCUGUGCUACCAUCUACUCGACAGGAAGAAGCCCAUAAGCAUUGCCAAUAUAUCCGAGGAGACAGGCAUGACGGCUGACGACAUUGUUUCGGCUCUGGAAGGUCUGCGUGCUCUUGUCAGAGACCCAACAACCAAGACGUAUGCGCUCAGACUGGACUAUGACUUCCUCAAACACUACAUCGGGAAGUUUGAGGCUAAGAACUACCCUCAGAUCAAGCCAGAGCGGCUAGUAUGGACACCUUAUGUGAUGGGCCGUAGUAAUCUGUCUCACUACGACGAAGGCCCGCCACUGCAGACCAUAGCACAGCGCGAGGGUGAGGAUGAUGAUGAGCAGGCCGCGCCUGAAGAAGGGGUACAAAUGACUGAGGCGGAAGCAAACCCUCAACCGAAUGGACAUGGCCCUGAACAAACCGCAGAGGGUGUCGCGGCUAAGGAGGCUUCUGGGUCGACCUCCGCCCCUUCCACGCCGCAACCCAAUGGUGUUUCUCAGACCAUGAUGACGCCCCGUCCAGCUUCCGGCAUACCACCAACUCGCUUCGAAGUGUUCCCUCCCAUCCCUGGGGUUACCACAACAGCCAAGAAGCGGGGAAGACCUUUCAUGUCAAGUGGCAGACGCAACGUAACUCCCGUUCGGAGAGGCGGUAAAUUGUUGGGAAUGGGCCCCGAGACACCUCUUUCCGGCAACGGCCAGCCUGCCCAACCACCUACAACGGCAAGGCGAACGCGGAGCAAGCUUGGGGAAGUUGUUGUUAAUGGUUUUGAUGGAGCCGUCGAAGAAGAGGAUGAUAAAGAAGAAUCUGAUUUGAUAGAAGUUGGCAAGGCCAAGUCCAAGUCGUCCAAAUCGGCCAAGUCAGACACCGAAGACGAGACACUAGAUAAGAAAGGCAAGGGCAAGGCUGUUGAAGAGGAUGAAGAUGGUGAUGGAGAUGUGGACGCCAUAGGAGAGGAUGAUCCCGAUGUUUGA